GCUUUGUUGCCGUUUUCCUGGAUACGGCGCUAGCAGACGAUCACAGAUAGUCCUGUCAGCCUUAUAUUAAAAGAGCGACAAUGAUGGACGAGGGCCUAGAGCUCUCCGUCUCUAUAACGCAGAUUGUUCAGCGGCUCAAAGGGACUCAUUUACACUCGCAACUGGAGAAACAGGCUAAAGAAUGUUUGCACAAACCAGAAAUUAAACUGGAAACGCUGAAAGAUGACGUGAGAAGAUUGUUAAAAGCAUCAGGUUGGGAGAGAAAAUUACAAAAUGCAGUUUACAGGGAAUUGCACAUUCUGCCUCCCUCUGGACACCCUAGAGCCCCUCCUGAACACACCAAAGAGCCCUUGGCAUAUAUGCGCAAAGCCCAGGUGAGCUGGGAGAAGAGGAUCUUGAAGAGUUUGAACAGUAUGUGCUCUGAGUUGGGAAUUCCUUUGGCACGGAAGAGGCCAGUCCCAGAGCAGAAAGAACUGACAAAUAAAUGGAAUGAGAUGGGAACUGAUGAACCAGACCUGAGCAAGUUCAGGCCUGUCUACGCACCCAAAGACUUCCUUGAGGUGUUGGUUGGUUUAAAAAACCCAAAUAAUGAGCGCAAUGAAGAUCUCACGGUCAGAAGCCACUGGGGAUUAAUCCAGGUUUCCCUCAACAUCCGUGACAUUCCUCAGAUGAGGGAAAUGUAUCCAGAGCUAGGUCUUACUUACGGACAACUUGGUAUAGAUGAUCACACUCAUGUUCCUCCAGAUUUGUUUGAGAGCGAACACAUUCACAUUGGAAAAAAAGUGGUGAGCGAGCAAGACAGCGCAGCGGCGCAGCAGUACAGCAGGCAGGGCUGCCCCACCGGUCUCAGGGCCCAGCUGUGGUCGCUCAUCCUGAAUACUACUAAUGAUCCCGAGGACAUAAUGCAUUAUGAACAGCUGAAGGCUAGAGUCAUACACCAUGACCUGCUGGUGGACAACCUAAUAUACAAGGAUGUGAAGCUUACUGCAAGCAAUGACGAUUACUACUUUGUGUUUGAGGACUAUUUAUAUCAAGUCUUGCUGUGUUUUUCUCGAGACACUGCAGUCCUGGAGCAUUUCAACUACAACUGCGCCACACCGCCUAAAUCUUGCAUCCAAAGCAAGUCUGGCUCAGAGCAGUGCUCCGUGGUUUACCCCCCGAAUGGUGUCAUUCCAUUCCACGGCUUCUCGAUGUAUGUUGCGCCACUGUGUUUCUUAUAUAACGAGCCUUCGAAGCUGUACAGCGUGUUUAGAGAGAUGUAUAUUCGCUACUUCUUCAGACUACACUCUAUUUCCUCGCAUCCAUCUGGCAUAGUGUCUUUGUGCUUGCAGUUUGAGAGAUUACUGCAGACUCAUCUUCCCCAGCUUUUCUACCACCUAAGAGAGAUUGGAGCCCAGCCGUUGCGUAUUGCCUUUAAGUGGAUAGUCCGGGCCUUCUCAGGAUACCUGUCCACCGACCAGCUCUUAUUGUUAUGGGACCGUAUCCUGGGAUAUGACUCUUUAGAGAUAGUAGCAGUCCUGGCUGCUGCUGUCUUUGCCUUCCGAGCCGAAAACCUAAUGGAAGUGACAUCACUGGCAUCAGCUGAGGCUGUUCUUGCAGACCUCUCAACCCUAAAGGUGAUGCCCUUGCUGCAGAUCUUCCUCUUUGCCACCUCUGUCUAAGAAGUCGGUGGUCCAUUUGCGUUUCAGUGACUGGAUGUUCCAGUCCAUCUUGAUUUCAUGUUGACUUUAAAGGGUUAGUUAACACACAGUGUCAGUAAUCUGCCAUUAAUUAUUCAUCCUGAUGUCUUUUCAAACCCAUAAGACCUUCGUUCAUCUAUGGAACACAAAUUAAGAUAUUUGUAAUCAAAUCAAAGAGCUAUUUGAACCUCCAUAGACGGCAACACACCUGAAAUGUUCCCAGGUUCAUAAGUUAGUAAGUACAUGGUAAAACAGUCCAUGUGAAAUCAGUGGCUCAACUUCUAUGAGAACCAAAAAUAUCAUAACGUAACCAUUCUUCUUACCUGAGUUGCGUCUUCCACUAUUUUGGAGAUCACUUAAAGAUGUAUUUGACGUAAUCAGCGUUGUUUACGUUUGGGAGGAAUAGCACACACAUGAAUGUAAUGAGCGUUGUUUACAAUUAGGACUUUUACCGAUGUGAUUACUACAUUUCUGGAGCUGGGAACAUUUCAGUUGUGUUGCUGUCUAUGGAGGGUCAGAUAACUCAUUUGAGCGACGUCAUUUAAACAACGGUUGAACAAUUAAUGAUACAAUUCCAAUUUUUUCAUUUCUUUUUAUGGACCAAACAUUUUCUUGUAUGUUCCACAGAAGAAGGAAAGUCAUAUAAGGUUUGGAAAAACAACAAAAAAAGACAAAUAUGAAUAUAUGUAUUGAGGAGCCAUUAUAUGAUGGCCACCUAUCGAAUAACCCGUAGGAACUACUUUAGCCCAUAUAACAGUUUUCAUGUGGCGAGGCAUUGAUUCGGCGAGGGGGUAUCUGGUACUGAAAUGUCAACGGCAAGUCCCCCAUACAUUUCCCAUAUAUUCUGGUUUGGUGGUGAUGUACCUUGAACGCCUUUUCCAAGUCUACUUUCCAAGUCUAACUACAAAUGUUUGACUUGGGUGAAUUUGGAGGCCAAGACCUUAACAAAUGCACAUUGUGUUCAGUCUGUGACAAUUCUGGCAUGCCCGCAUUAUCCUGUUGACGGUGACCAUCCCCAACAGAUUGCCGUGACAGGUGCUCUUAGUUUGCAUCAGUGUUCAGAUACCUGACAGUACAGUGUCAAGAAUUGUACUGCUGGGAUAACAGGGCCUAAAGUGGCCCAAGAAAACAUUGCCCACGGCAUAACACCGCCAUCGCCGGUCAGUAUCCAAACAAAAGUACAUCCAGUUGUCAUAUCCGCUGAUAAUCGAUGCAUCACUCCUUGUGAUGCACCAGGAAUCUUGAUUCAUCAGACCAGGCCACUGUCUUGAGGAGGCAGCGAUGAACGCACGGCCUUGGUCACCCCUGCUGUAGCUGUGAACAAUGCUCUCUGGCAUCGGUGAGUUGUGAACGACUGUGUUAGGUUUAGGGUUACACUAUUUGGCCUUCUGUGCACCACUUUUGAUUCAUACUACAAUGGCACGUGAACAACCCAGAGGGUUUCCAAGAUUGAUAGCCGGUAAUCAGGUGGUGUGUGUGUGUGUAUAUAUAAUAUAAUAUAAUAGCCUUAGAAUUGCAUAUUGGCAACAAAGAUAAAUUCCCUGGCACCCCCAAAUACCCCCCUCAAAAAACCUCAAAAUUUGUACUAGUAAGUUUUAAAGAUU